GGCCUGGGACUGCUUUGUUCGUUGCCUGGAUCAUGCUUAUCUCGGCUCCCUUCUCAGUCAUGUAAUAGUGGCUUUGUUACCUCUCAUACACAUCCAGCCUAAAGAAACUGCAGCUAUCUUUCACUACCUCAUAAUUGAAAACAGGGAUGCUGUGCAAGAUUUUCUUCAUGAAAUAUAUUUUUUGCCUGAUCAUCCAGAAUUAACAAAGAUAAAAGCAGUUCUCCAGGAAUACAGAAAGGAGACUUCUGAGAGUACUAAUCUUCAAACAACUCUUCAGCUAUCUAUGAAAGCAAUUCAACAUGAAAAUGUAGAUGUUCGUAUUCAUGCUCUUACAAGCUUGAAGGAAACCUUGUAUAAAAAUCAGGAAAAACUGAUAAAAUAUGCAACAGAUAGUGAAACAGUGGAACCUGUUAUCUCCCAAUUGGUGACAGUGCUAUUGAAAGGUUGCCAGGAUGCAAACUCUCAAGCUCGUUUGCUCUGUGGGGAAUGUUUAGGGGAGUUGGGGGCAAUAGAUCCAGGUCGAUUAGAUUUCUCAACGACUGAAACCCAAGGAAAAGAUUUUACAUUUGUGACUGGAGUAGAAGAUUCAAACUUUGCCUAUGGAUUAUUGAUGGAGUUAACAAGAGCUUACUUGGCGUAUGCAGAUAACAGCAGAGCUCAAGAUUCAGCUGCUUAUGCAAUUCAGGAGUUACUUUCCAUUUAUGACUGUAGAGAGAUGCAGACUGAUGGCCCAGGUCACCAAUUGUGGAGGAGAUUUCCUGAGCAUGUUCGGGAAAUACUAGAACCUCAUCUAAAUACUAGAUAUAAGAGUUCUCAGAAGUCAACAGAUUGGUCUGGAGUAAAGAAGCCAAUUUACCUAAGUAAAUUAGGAAAUAACUUUGCAGAAUGGUCAGCAUCUUGGGCAGGGUAUCUUAUAACAAAGGUUCGGCAUGAUCUUGCCAGUAAAAUCUUCACCUGCUGUAACAUUAUGAUGAAGCAUGAUUUCAAGGUGACCAUCUAUCUUCUUCCACAUAUUCUAGUGUAUGUCUUGUUGGGUUGUAAUCAAGAAGAUCAGCAGGAGGUUUAUGCAGAAAUUAUGGCAGUUCUAAAGCAUGACGAUCAGCAUAACACAAGUACCCACGACAGUGCAUCCGAUCUGUGUCAACUCAGUACGCAGACUGUGUUCUCCAUGCUUGACCAUCUCACGCAGUGGGCAAGGCACAAAUUUCAGGCACUGAAUACUGAGAAAUUUCCACAGAGCAAAUCAAAUAGAGAUAAGGUAGAUUCAAUGGUACCUACUGUGGAUUAUGAAGACUAUCGGAGUGUAACUCGUUUUCUAGACCUCAUACCUCAGGAUACUCUGGCAGUAGCUUCCUUUCGCUCCAAAGCAUACACACGAGCUGUAAUGCACUUUGAAUCAUUUAUCACAGAAAAGAAGCAAAAUAUUCAAGAGCAUCUUGGAUUUUUACAGAAAUUGUAUGCUGCUAUGCACGAACCAGAUGGAGUGGCUGGAGUAAGCGCAAUUAGAAAGGCAGAGCCAUCUCUAAAAGAACAGAUCCUUGAACAUGAAAGCAUUGGCUUGCUGAGGGAUGCCACUGCUUGUUAUGACAGGGCUAUUCAGCUAGAACCAGACCAGAUCAUUCAUUAUCAUGGUGUAGUGAAGUCCAUGUUAGGUCUUGGUCAGCUGUCUACUGUAAUCACUCAGGUGAAUGGAGUGCAUGCUAGCAGGUCUGAAUGGACAGAUGAAUUAAACACAUACAGAGUGGAAGCAGCUUGGAAAUUGUCACAGUGGGAUUUGGUGGAAAACUAUUUGGCAGCAGAUGGAAAAUCUACAACAUGGAGUGUCAGACUGGGACAGCUGUUAUUAUCAGCCAAAAAGAAAGAUAUCACAGCUUUUUAUGACACACUGAAACUAGUGAGAGCAGAACAAAUUGUACCUCUUUCAGCUGCAAGCUUUGAAAGAGGCUCUUACCAACGAGGAUAUGAAUAUAUUGUGAGAUUGCAUAUGUUGUGUGAAUUGGAACAUAGCAUCAAACCACUUUUUCACCAGUCUCUAGGUGACAGUUCUCAUGAAGAUUCUCUAAACUGGGUAGCUCGACUAGAAAUGACCCAGAAUUCCUACAGAGCCAAGGAGCCCAUCCUGGCUCUCCGGAGGGCUUUGUUAAGCCUCAACAAAAGGCCAGAUUACAAUGAAAUGGUUGGAGAAUGCUGGCUACAGAGUGCCAGAGUAGCUAGAAAGGCUGGUCACCACCAAACAGCCUACAAUGCUCUCCUUAAUGCAGGAGAAUCACGACUUGCCGAACUGUAUGUGGAAAGGGCAAAGUGGCUCUGGUCUAAGGGUGAUGUUCACCAGGCACUAAUUGUUCUUCAAAAGGGUGUUGAAUUAUGUUUUCCUGAAAAUAAAACCCCCACUGAGAGUAAGAACAUGUUAAUCCAUGGUCGAGCUAUGCUACUAGUGGGCCGAUUUAUGGAGGAAACAGCUAACUUUGAAAGCAACGCAGUUAUGAAAAAAUAUAAGGAUGUGACUGUGUUCCUGCCAGAGUGGGAGGAUGGCCAUUUUUACCUUGCCAAAUACUAUGACAAAUUGAUGCCUAUGGUCACAGACAACAAAAUGGAAAAGCAGGGUGAUCUCAUCCGGUAUAUAGUCCUUCAUUUUGGAAGAUCUCUACAGUAUGGAAAUCAAUUUAUAUAUCAGUCAAUGCCACGAAUGUUAUCACUAUGGCUUGAUUUCGGUGCUAAGGCAUACGAAUGGGAAAAAGCUGGCCGCUCUGAUCGUGUACAAAUGAGAAAUGAUUUAGCUAAAAUAAACAAGGUUAUCACAGAACACACAAAUCAUUUAGCUCCGUAUCAGUUUUUGACUGCUUUUUCACAAUUGAUCUCUCGAAUCUGUCAUUCUCAUGAUGAAGUUUUUGAUGUCUUGAUGGAAAUAAUAGCCAAAGUGUUUCUGGCCUAUCCUCAGCAAGCAAUGUGGAUGAUGACAGCUGUGUCAAAGUCUUCUUAUCCCAUGCGUGUGAACAGAUGCAAGGAAAUCCUAAAUAAAGCUAUCAAUAUGAAAAAAUCCUUAGAAAAGUUUGUUGGAGAUGCAACUCGCCUAACAGAUAAACUUCUAGAAUUGUGCAAUAGACCGGUUGAUGGAAGUAGUUCUACAUUAAGCAUGAGCACUCAUUUUAAAAUGCUUAAAAAGUUGGUAGAAGAAGCAACAUUUAGUGAAAUCCUCAUUCCUUUGCAGUCAGUCAUGAUACCUACUCUUCCAUCAAUUCCAGGUGCCCAUGCUAACCAUGAGCCAUUUCCUGGGCAUUGGGCCUAUAUUGCAAGCUUUGAUGAUACGGUGGAGAUUCUUUCUUCUCUUCAGAAACCAAAGAAGAUCUCUUUAAAAGGCUCAGAUGGAAAGUUUUACAUCAUGAUGUGUAAGCCAAAAGAUGACCUGAGAAAGGAUUGUAGACUAAUGGAAUUCAAUUCCUUGAUUAAUAAGUGCUUAAGAAAAGAUGCAGAAUCUCGUAGAAGAGAACUUCAUAUCCGAACAUAUGCAGUUAUUCCACUGAAUGAUGAAUGUGGGAUUAUUGAAUGGGUAAACAACACUGCUGGCUUGAGACCUAUUCUGACCAAACUAUAUAAGGAAAAGGGAGUGUAUAUGACGGGAAAGGAACUUCGCCAGUGUAUGCUACCAAAGGCAGCGGCUUUGUCUGAAAAACUCAAAGUAUUCCGAGAAUUUCUCCUGCCCAGGCAUCCUCCUGUUUUUCAUGAGUGGUUUCUAAGAACAUUCCCUGAUCCUACAUCAUGGUACAGUAGCAGAUCAGCAUAUUGCCGUUCCACUGCAGUAAUGUCAAUGGUUGGUUAUAUCCUGGGGCUUGGAGACCGUCAUGGUGAAAACAUCCUCUUUGAUUCUUUGACUGGUGAAUGUGUACAUGUGGAUUUCAACUGUCUUUUUAAUAAGGGAGAAACCUUUGAAGUUCCAGAAAUUGUACCAUUUCGCCUGACUCAUAAUAUGGUUAAUGGAAUGGGUCCUAUGGGAACAGAGGGUCUUUUUCGAAGAGCAUGUGAAGUUACAAUGAGGUUGAUGAGAGAUCAGAGAGAGCCUUUAAUGAGUGUCUUAAAGACUUUUAUACAUGAUCCUCUUGUGGAGUGGAGUAAACCAGUGAAAGGGCAUUCCAAAGCACCACUAAAUGAAACUGGUGAAGUUGUCAAUGAAAAGGCCAAGACCCAUGUUCUUGACAUCGAGCAGAGACUACAAGGUGUAAUCAAGACCCGAAAUAGAGUUACAGGAUUGCCAUUAUCUAUUGAAGGACAUGUACAUUACCUUAUACAAGAAGCUACUGACGAAAACUUAUUAUGCCAGAUGUACCUUGGUUGGACCCCAUAUAUGUGAAAUGAAAUUAUUUCAAAGAAUAUGUUUACAACUUAAAAUUGAUGCAUUUGAUAUUAAUCGGUGGUUGUAUCUAUUCAACUCUAAAGUACAACAUAAGUUUCAUUAUGUUCUCAGAGCAACUGGUAUUUCUCUCCCUGAUUGUAUUUAAAAUAAUAUAUGUUCAGUUUUUAAGAAAUAAAUUGCUUUUUUAAUACAUACUAUGUAUUCUAAAAAUGGAACAUUAUUUGUUCUUAUGGUCAAUAAAAUGUAUUUGCAAGAAAUAA